AUGAUUCAACUAAAGUCAUUACUAAACUGCAUCGACAACUCCGGCGCCUCAGUCGUCGAGUGCGUCAACGUCCUCAAGAAGAAGCGGCCCGCGACGAUCGGUGAUCGGAUUGUUGUCGUUGUUCAAAAGCAAAGGGCCGCCGGUUCCGACGGUUCCUCCACCUCUCUCGCGAACAAAGUCCGCCGCGGUGAUAUCCGACAUGCUGUCGUGGUGCGCGUGAAGAAGGAGUUGCAACGUCAGGACGGUACAGUUGUUCGCUUCGGUGACAAUGCUUGUGUCUUGGUGAACAAGUCCGGGGAUCCCAUCGGAACGAGAAUGAACGGGGUCGUUGGGCAGGAAUUGCGCAACAAGCAGUGGUCCAAGAUCUUGUCGUUGGCGCCCGUGCACGUAUAA